AUGUGCCUGCAGCCCAGGGAUACCAUAUCGGAGGAGGACGUCAUACCAUUCCAGAUCGCUGUACAUGAUGGUGAAAAAAACCUGAAGGAACAGGUUGACGGCGUUGAUCAACACCGCCAACAGGAACAGCCACGCUUCUCCAGACAUCAUGGCGGUAUUCCAAGCGGACGAGCUGGAGAUUGUCUAGCGGAUGAGGAGGCGAGGAGAGGAGGGAAAAGACAAGGAGAAGAAGAAGCAAAAGAUUGCUUCCUGUCGGCUAGCGGAUUGGUGUUGCUCAAGCUCCGUCACGAGCUUCGAUUCCGGCGCGGCGUGCAGGAGGGAGGGGAACUGGGCAACCUAGCAUUAGCAUUAGUGGGGGGUUCGUGGACUGGACAAAGCUCGUGCUCGUGGCGUGUGGCUGCGGCCUACCAGGGAAUGACGAAAGACGAAGAGCAGGGCGCAAAAGAUGCGAGGUGGCCUCAAGCGGGACGGGCGAAUGGAUGCGAUGGGCGGAGAUUUAGAGGAGGGACAAGCACAAGCAGGUUUGUGGGCGAGAGACAAUUGGGAGAGGAAAAGCUGGUGACCUCGCCUGGUAUUAGUGGCGAUACCUGGGCAAGAUUUUGGCAGCGCCAGCCCAGCCAACCAGCCCGAAUCUGCGGUCCCGUGCUCGGCUGUGGGGACUGA